AUGGACUUGCAAGUGCACCGCAUCAUCAGUUUCACAGAAGAUGUCGCUGUCGGGCUGAGGCAAUUUCGAGAACAGCUUCCGGAAUACAGUGCAGAAAUAACAAAUGUCAUUGCCGAGCUAUAUGCCAUCAGUGCGACCCUGACAAGUCUCGAGGGGCUCACGCGUCAGUUUCCUCGUAAUUUUGGGCCUGUCAAAGCGGACUUCGAACAAGUGCUCGUCAGCUUACGGUAUACGCUGAACGAGAUUAUCAACUCUUUUGGGAAACUUGACCGGAGACGGACAGCAGAAAACUAUCGCCAGAUAUGGCAUGAUCUUAACGUCUAUUUUCACGAAGAAAGUGGCUAUUCCUUGAAAAGACGUUUGAAUAAAUACAAAUUAUUCUUGGAAGAAUUGCAAGAUGUUGUGCAAAAUAAGGCCAUAGAUUAUCGCUUCAUGCACAAUUUGCGAAAGAGUAUCCUGGCUAUCCUUGAGGAGCAGGAUGGUCGCUUUGCUGCACGUUUGGCGGGCCUUUCGCUCGGUGGCGGUCGACCAAGAUCGUCUACGAGCAGUAGCAAUAUGUCGGGUAAUUCAUUUGAGGCGGAAGGUCAUGGUAUUGAGAAGCGUCGAUCUUAUGAGAGGACAAGGUCUGGAUUUCGGCCUCAGCCAUCGCCAUUGCAUUCUCCGACAUCGACCAACGACAGCGCACCGCCAUGGGCGCCUGAUGUUCCGGGCUCGCCAAUCUCGACUUCUACGACUACUCAAUCGAACUUGUCGUCGGCUGUACUCAAUGAUCACUGGGCAAAGGAUGUCUUUUCUUAUAGAGGACCGCUGAUGAAGUUUCCUGUUGAGGGUGAAGGUUCCAAGUGCCUUGGAGAAGAAGUACAAGACAUUAAAGAGUGGCUUCAUGAGCAAGGCUUUGAUGAAGUCGCAUACUUGCCAUUCGACGAGGAUGUUUCGAUCUACUUUUACGUCAGAGAAGACGAUAGUCGAGCACGCAUUCUGUGCAAAGCACGGAGAAACAGACGAGCCAAAUUUUACUGUCUGCCACUUAAUAUGUUGGAGGUCAGGCGUAUUGGACCGUGUCUACAACUCUGUCGGCGACGCCGCUCGGGAACUGAGCUUGUUCCAUGGUUGAAUCUGCAUUUUGAGAGUAUUGAAAAAAUGGUGUUAUUUUUCUGCACUUUCAUUGCAUUACGAUCUCAGGAUGGCCAUAAACGUGUUCAAGAGAUUCGUGACUAUGAACUUGAAGCCGAGAAAGAAUUGUUUGGCGGUCUGAUUGAUGACGACAAUUUCAUACACGCCCUGCGUGUAUACCGAGACCGUAUGUCAGGAGCCAUCCGCUUACAAGCAUCUGUCCAUGAAGGGGACAUGAGAAGGGCACCCGUGUGGACAGCCUUUAUAACGCAUCAUAUUGACACACCCCACUGGGUCCGACGUGUGAAAACCAUGGUGCUUCUCCGAGAUGCAAAGAGGGUUAUAUUCUUCCCAGAGUAUUCACCUCCAAAAAAUAACCGUGGAGAGCACAUUCUUAAAUUUACUUCCGAAGAUGACGCCAAAGAUUUUGUUGAUGUGAUUGAGCGACUUUCAAUUACCGAUUAG